UAUGGAUCACCACUCCAAUUUCCGGGGCUUGGGUCACCGAUUUCCAUCACUGAACAGCAGGUCUUCGUGACUAUGCGGUUUACCCCGUCUGCUGUUCAUCACUCAGAGGUUAACUUUUACCAUCAAAAUUCUCGUCUAUGCGGCCUAAGUGUUUGUUGUUUUUUCUCUCCUAUUCUCUCCCUUCCUCAGCUUGAUCUUCGCCAACGAGAGGAACGUGGUGUAAAAUUGGGCUUGGGCGAUUUUGUCUUCUAUAGUUUAUUGAUCGGUCGAGCCACUUUGGACGGAGAUGCAAUCACUGUGGCCACUUGCUAUGUGGCUAUUCUGAUCGGGAUGUGUGUGACCAUUAUUGUGCUGGGGAUCACACGACGCGCUUUGCCUGCCCUGCCAGUAUCAAUCGCUUGUGGUAUCCUAUUCUAUUUUGUUACCUCACUUGUGGUUUCCCCGUUCCUCGAAGCGUUGGCGAUGGAGCGUAUAUUUUUCUAA